AUGUCGAGCCACAUUUCGAGUCGAGCACUAGACGAUGAGGUCUCUUACGUCGUCCCCCUCUCGAACUACGGCACAGAUGGCCUUUGCAGAGAUUACACUCUGAGAAGAAGCAAGUGGGAGGCUGAAGCCAAUGCGGGAUCUCAUGAGGCGAGGAUGGAUUGGAUGAAGUACAUCGGCCCUAUCGAGGAGUUUGGGGGAUGCAAUCCCAUCAACGGGAACUUCUCGGCUGUUGCGCUACCACUUACGAGACCGGAUCGACUAAGGCUUGUUGCCUACCUGCUUGAAUAUAUCUUCAUGUACGACAACAUGGUCGAGGUCGCGAACGCCGAUGGUUCUGAUACCAACAACCAGCACGAUCAAAGGCCACAGGAGUGGAGGUACACAGAUCCAGCGCUGGGGAAGACCGAGAUGCAAGCAAAGAUGAUGGAACAGCUUACGUCAAUGGACCCAUCCUGCACUGGAAGGGUUAAGCGUACAUGGAAAGAAACAAUUUCCAUAGUUUCGCCCAACAAAGGCACGCUGUUUGGUUCAUUGGAGGAGUACCUGGAUUUUCGUGUUGUUGACGCUGGAACAUCCCUCGUAGAAGCCUUGUUACUCUUCGGCAUGGGCGUGACACUUACCGAGGAAGAAGACGCCAUUCUCGAUCCCAUCCGCAAACCCUGUUUCGCAGCACUCAGCCUAGGCAACGACUACCUUUCCUUCGACCGCGAAUAUCUUGAGUUCCUUGAAUCGGAAGACGAGAAGACCCUAAAAAACGCCGUAUGGCUGCACAUGCAAUGGGAUUCUGUGGGCGUUGAUGCUGCAAAGAAAACGGUACUAGAAGCGACACGGAAAUACGAGGCCCAGUUUUUGGAAGAUUGCGCCCAAUUUCAACGAGGAAGUAAAGGAUUCUCAGAGAAACUGAAGAGACACCUAGAUGCGUUGGCAUAUCAGGUUAGCGGAAACGUGGUCUGGAGUUUGAACUGUCCCAGAUAUUGUCCUGACCACAGAUACGACUCGAAUGCGGGGAUAGAGGAUCAAUUGACAGCAAAGGCAAUGCCCGAGUUCUUGGGGAUAGAAUACAAAGUCCGCAUUGCUCAAAGGGCAAAAGAGGCCCCAGGACAGCUGGCCGUCAUGAACUCUGGUCUGGAAAAUGGGCGCUCCCGGAAUUCUUCUUCCGAGACCUCGCUUACAGCUUCCGAUGACACUGGGUCGACACCAGAACGCAGUGUUUCUCCUUAG